CCUCUUUUUCACUCACUCUCUCUCUCUCUCUGAAUCAUGUCUCUUUAAAUCUCUCUCUAUUCAUUUCAUUGCCAUGGAAGAAAGGUGAUGAGUUAGUUCCUCAUUCUCUUCUAUCUCUCUUUAGCAAAUACAUGAUUAAAGAAAGCCCUCUUCUUACUUCCUCUACUCAAUACCUGAGAACAUAUUGUAUCAAGAUCUUCCUCUCCUAAAGCUUUUUUUUUUAAAAGAGUUCAGGUCACUAUAACUGGAGUCAAGGAGCAGUUUUUUGAUAACUGGUGUUAGGUAGAUAGUUAACCCUUCAUGGCCUCAAAGUCUGGUCUUGGAGUUCUUUCAGGACAUAAUAAAGAAAAGGCCGAUGAGAAAACCUCGGAAUCAUCUGUUUCCAGUUCCAGCCAAAGUAUCUCAGUCAGCACUCUGGCAGAUCAAGUAUCUUCAACUCUGUCUUUUGCUCAAAGCUGUGGUAGUAAAUCAAGUGGAGAACUUAAACUUAAUGAGCAGUCCGAUCUUGCCGAGACCACCGGAAAGCGUAACACAUAUAGACCAAGCACAAGCAGUGAUAUCAGUGACGAGAGCACAUGUAGCGGUUUAAGUAGCAACAAGCCUCACAAGGCGAAUGACGUGAGAUGGGAAGCAAUACAAGUGGUUCGAGCCAAACAUGGUGGUUUGGGUUUAAACCAUUUUAGGCUCUUGAAGAGAGUAGGGGGUGGAGAUAUUGGAACUGUCCACCUUGCUGAGCUGCACGGAACUAGGUGUUAUUUUGCAAUGAAGGUUAUGGACAAAGGAGCUUUGGCUAGCCGUAAAAAGCUUCUUAGGGUUCAGACCGAGAGGGAGAUAUUGCAGUGUCUUGACCAUCCUUUUCUCCCAACUUUGUAUAGUCAUUUCGAGACUGAGAAGUUCUCAUGUUUGGUUAUGGAGUUCUGUCCUGGAGGUGACUUGCAUACCCUUCGACAAAGACAGCCCGGGAAACGUUUCUUGGAACAAGCAGCAAAGUUUUAUGUAGCGGAGGUACUACUUGCAAUGGAAUAUCUUCACAUGCUUGGGAUCAUAUACCGUGAUCUUAAGCCAGAGAAUGUUCUUGUUAGAGAUGAUGGACAUGUAAUGCUUACUGACUUCGACCUCUCCUUGAGGUGUACCGUUAGCCCCACAGUGGUUAGAUCAACUACUCUCGUAUCUGAUGCCUUGCAAAGGAACUCUGGUAACUGUGCACAACCUGCUUGCAUCCAACAGCCAUCUUGCAUGUCUGCUCCCACAACAUGCUUUUCUCCACGGUUUUUCUCAAGUAAAUCCAAGAAAGAUAAAAAGGACAAGAAAGCAAAAACCGAAACUGGGAACCAGGUCACUCCGUUACCUGAACUCAUCGCUGAGCCUACCAGCGCUCGCUCAAUGUCAUUUGUUGGCACACAUGAAUACUUAGCUCCUGAGAUCAUCAAAGGUGAAGGACAUGGGAGUGCGGUUGACUGGUGGACUUUUGGGAUCUUUCUGUACGAGCUAUUGUUUGGUAAAACCCCGUUUAAAGGGUCUGGAAACAGAGCGACACUCUUCAACGUUGUUGGUCAGCCUCUGCGUUUCCCUGAAUCUCCAGUUGUCAGCUUUGCUGCUAGGGAUUUGAUUAGGAGUCUGCUUGUGAAGGAGCCUCAGCAAAGGUUAGCGUAUAAGCGUGGUGCAACCGAGAUUAAGCAACAUCCUUUCUUUGAAGGAGUGAACUGGGCAUUGGUUAGAUGCGCAAGCCCUCCAGAGAUACCAAAGCCGGUUGAAUUUGGAAGUGCUCCUGCUACCCCUGCAGCAGCCACAUCUACUAGUGUCAAGUCUGAUCAGAAUAGUUAUCUGGACUUUGAUUUCUUUUGAGAUUUUUCAGUAAGAAAACUGCCAUUAGAUUAUCAAAUUGAUUAUCAAACCGUUAUCAACAAUGUGCAACUCAGUUUAAUACUUCAUGAGUUUUUUAGUUCUUUGUCAA